AUCCGGGCUUGGGACCGGCUAUGCAUAACAAGGUUAACAUAACAUAGGCUUUGAUAUAAAAUGAGACAACAAAAUUCGACAAACUAAUUUUGAUGGUUAAUUAAUUUGGUUCAAUAGAUGGUUAAUGAAUAUAACAAGGUAUCUAACCAUUCACAAAACAAAAUUAAUCACGAUUUUGAAUGUCUUUAAUCAGAAUUUUCUUUUUUUUUUGACAGGAUUAAUCAGAAUUUUCUUAGGUGUAUAUUUAACACAAAUCAUAUAUAUUUGAACAUAAAUUGGACAGUUGUAAUAGAUAUCAUGUAUAUUUGAACAUCUAAAAAUCUUGAUUAAAUGGAUGGUUUAUAAGUUGUGCAUACCUUGUUACAUUCAUUAACUUUAGUGAACGUAAUUUAUCACAUAUUUGAACGAUGUUAACUAUUUAAAUUGUUGUCAAAAUAUCAUUUCAUUAUUAACUAUUGUUAUUGUGACAUUACCAUAUAUAUUCUUGAUUAAGUAACAAGACUAUUUAAGAAUGACAGAAAUUAAAAGUGUGCAACUGUGAUACUCUCCAUCCAUUUCUAUAUACCAUAAUCUAACUCUAAUUAUAAGUAAUAUUUUUUAUAAAAAAAAAUUGCCUCAAAUUAAUAGUCAUAGAAACAUGUAUAGAGAGGUAGGAGGCAAUAAUCAAUCACGCAGAAAAGUAGAAUUUCUGUGUAGUUUCACCAUUUCCCAAAACAAGAACGUUUCUCUUGUUAUAUACUACCGGUACUUUCGAAUCAACAUGCAUAGCAGAGAAGCACAGAACUAGCUGAAGUGAAGCAUUAUUCCAACUAAAGAUGGGAGAAGCUGCAGAAAGGAUUGCAGUGGUGACAGGAUCAAACAAAGGAAUUGGGUUUGAGAUUGUUAAGCAAUUAGCUUCAGCCGGAAUCAAAGUAGUGCUUACUGCAAGAGACGAAAAAAGAGGUCUUCAAGCUUUGGAAACACUCAAAGCCUUUGGUUUAUCUGAAUUCGUUGUUUUUCAUCAACUAGAUGUGGCUGAUGCUUCAAAUGUAGCCUCUCUUGCACAUUUUAUCAAAUCCCAAUUUGGCAAACUUGAUAUUCUGGUUAACAAUGCAGGGAUUAGUGGAACUGUAAUUAAUGACACAGGUUUAGCUACUACGCUUAUCUCUAACCAUCGAGUGUUAUCAGAAGAUGAAAAGAAAAAGGCAGUGACUCAAACAUAUGAGUUAGCUGAAGAAUGCUUGCAAAUAAAUUAUUAUGGUACUAAAAUAACUACUGAAUCACUUUCGCCACUCCUAAAGUUAUCUGAUUCACCAAGAGUUGUGAAUGUCUCAUCCACUUUAGGGAAGUUAGGGAGCCUAAAAAAUGAAUGGACUAAAAAAGUCUUUAGUGAUGUUGAUAACCUAACCGAAGAGAAAGUGGACGAAGUAUUGAAGAAGUUUCUAGAAGAUUUCAAAGAAGGUUCAUUGGAAAGCAAAGACUGGCCACAAACUGGUGGUGCUUAUGUCUUAUCUAAAGCUGCUAUGAAUGCUUAUACGAGAAUUGUUGCUAAGAAUUUUCCGACUUUAUGCACCAAUAGUAUUUGCCCUGGUUAUGUCAUCACAGAUAUAACUGGCAAUACUGGUAAGUUAACUGCCGAAGAAGGCGCUGCUAGUGUUGUGAAGCUAGCACUACUUCCCAAUGGUAGUCCUUCUGGCCAAUUCUAUAUCAGGACUAAGGUUUCUUCCUUUUGAUAAGUAUUGGAAUUAUGUGGUUUAAGGACAAUAUUAUUGUUGUUAUAUUGUUAAAGUUUCUGUUAUAUUAAUAUGGACAAUAUUAUUGUUA